GAGGCCGCUGCCACUCCAGCGAGACCAUGAGGCCCCCGCUGUGGCCGCUGCUGGCACUGCUGCUGGCGCUCGCAGCGCGGGGGACGGCGGCGGGCGCGCCCACCUACCCGUGGCGGGACGCGGAGACGGGGGAGUGGCUGGCGUGCGACAAGUGCCCCCCGGGCACCUUCGUGCAGCGACCUUGCGGCCGGGACAGCCCCACGACGUGCGGCGCGUGCCCGCCGCGCCACUACACGCAGUUCUGGCACUACCUGGAGCGCUGCCGCUACUGCAACGUUAUCUGCGGGGAGCGCGAGGAGGAGGCGCGGCCGUGUGGGGCCACCCACAACCGCGCCUGCCGCUGUCUCCCCGGCUUCUUCGCGCACGCGGGCUUCUGCCUGGAACACGCGCUCUGCCCGCCCGGCGCAGGCGUGGUUGCCCCCGGCACCCACAGCCAGAACACGCAGUGCCAACCGUGCUCCCCGGGCACCUUCUCCGCCAGCAGCUCGAGCUCGGAGCGGUGCCAACCCCACCGCAACUGCACGGCCCUGGGCCUAGCCGUUAACGUGCCGGGAUCCCCGUCCCACGAUGCCCUGUGCACCAGCACGGGCUUCCCGCUCGGCUCGCUGGAGCCGGGGGCACUGGGGACCGAGGAGUGCCAGCGCGCCGUGGUCGACUUCGUGGCUUUCCAGGACAUCUUUCCCAGGAGGCUCCAGCGGCUGCAGCAGGCGCUCGCGGGCCCCGGGACGCGGAGUCCGCCGCCGCCGCAAAGGGAGGACCGCGCGGCGCUGCGGCGGAGGCUGUGGCGGCAGCUCACGGAGCUCCGCGAGGCGCGGCCCGGGACGCUGGGGGCGCGGCUGCUGCGGGCGCUGCGCGCGGCCAGGCUGUCCGGGCUGGAGCGCAGCGUCCGCGAGCGCUUCCUCCGCAGGCGCUGAGCACCCUCCCCGUUAUUUAUUCGCUCCCGGCCCGAGCCCCCCGCGUGGGCGGCCUCCAAGUCGCACCUAAAGAGGCUUUGGAUCCGGCCCCUGUGGCGUUAAAUUUAUUUUUCAUAAAGCCGAUUGGCAAACGAGUGUGGUGUCUGGCCGGCGCGCGGUGGGCACACCUGGCAGGGGACACCUGGGCGGGCUGCCCGGGCGCGGCCUGCUGCCUCCCCCCACCACCACCACUGGAACAGACCCUCGAUGGGGGGAGGGUUGUGGGAGACGGGGACAGCAGGUGGCAGCCGUCCCCAGGCCUCACUGCGUGAUCCUCCCCGCCCCAGUUGUGCUCUCAGUGGUUAGGACGGUGUGGAGGGAGGGUCGCCCACUCCCCGGGCUCUCACUGUGGAACAGAAGCCAGCCCGGAGUGGUCAACCCGCCAGCCCAUGCGCCCUGGGGCACCAGAAGCGUCCCCCUCAAGUUACCCCUUCUUUGGGCUCCACCCUCAAAGCAGCAGGGGAUUUCCCAGCAAGGGACCAGCCAAGACCUCCCGGUAGGACAGCGUGUCUCACUCGCUUUCUGGGAAACGUCGCUUUUCCCUUCUGGGGCAGGCUUGGAUGAGGGCUUGACUCAUCAAUCCAGGGCGACUCCCAGCCCUGGCUUGGCAGCCCCCUGCCUGACCCCCAGGGAGGGCCCCAGGGGAGGCAGGGUCACAGCCCCCCACUCCCCCAUGACUCACAUCAGCUGCAGCUGGUCCCCAUCCCCAGCCCUGACUCAUCCCUUUCCCAGCAUCUCCUCCUGGGCCCCAUCAGGGAGAGCAGCUGGGGUUGUGACCCUCAGACACGAAGCCACCAGGCCUCUGGAGGAACGGUGGACAGGAGCCACUCCAAUUGUCUUUAUUUCUUUCACCCACGGCUAGGCUCGUGGGGGGUUGGCAGCUCCUGCAGGGGCCGUGUGGGAGGGUCCUGAGGACCAGCCUUGCCUGGAGGGCCUCUGCUCCUGGACACAGGCCUGGAAAGGGAUUUCUAGAUGGCUCGCCCCAGCCCUAAGGGGGACCCCGCCCUUGACCGCCAGCUGGAAGCGCAGGCCCAGCACACCACCAGCCCAACCCCCGAGGUGGUAACUGCGGUCAUCCUAGGUGGGUGGCAGGCAGGCUUGCGGGGGGCAGGGGGGGGCUGCCCACCCCCAGCACAACCGCCUAGCUUCACCGUCCUUGCUGGGGAUCAAAACAAGGUGGCUGAGCCAGUGGCGGGGGCACACAGCCUCCCAGGCAGGUCUCCCCUGCCCCGUCCCGAGGCUGCAUCGGGACAAGGACGGAGGCGAACCCAGGUCUCCCUCGAGGUGACACCAGCCCCCCAGCCCGCCUCCAGGAUCAGGGAGGACAGAGGCUGAGGACAGCCAUGGCCCCCCAGCCCCCUCCGUGGGCACGAUGCAUGGAGCAACCCUGGGCACUGUGAAGGGCCCCACACCUCUGGAAAAACCCAGUUCCAAGCAGCUGCCACACAAGGCCCCACGAAGGUCCAGGCCAGCAGGCCUGCUGGACAGCAGCUCCAAAGCG